UUCCUUCAAUUGAAGGUCAUGGAGAUCAUUACGUAAAACGUGUCAUGCAAUGGUGUAAGAGGUUGGGUGAGAACGACACGUGGUGCUCAUUAUCAAGCACGUACAAUAGCCGCAAGGCUUAGGGGGUGAGGGUGAGAAAAAAUCGUAUAAAAGGAGAGAGAAAAGACUGAAAGAUAUCAGUCGAGUGAGCAUCUCCGACACGGCAACAACUGCUUUCUUCGUCGUAAUAGCAGUUAAAGAUUUUAACUUUUAUGACUUGCUUUCAAAACAAGAACCUUAAUUAGGCUAAACAAUCUUAUUCGCAAUCAUUGUUCCGUCCACCACCGAGGCUUGAGUACUACACCACCGAGGCUUGAGUACUACACCACCGAGGCUCCCGAGUACUACACCACCGAGGCUCCCGAGUACUACACCACCGAGGCUCCCGAGUACUACACCACCGAGGCUCCCGAGUACUACACCACCGAGGCUCCCGAGUACUACACCACCUAGGCUUGAGUACUACACCACCGAGGCUCCCGAGUACUACACCACCGAGGCUCCCGAGUACUACACCACCGAGGCUCCCGAGUACUACACCACCGAGGCUCCCGAGUACUACACCACCGAGGCUCCCGAGUACUACACCACCGAGGCUCCCGAGUACUACACCACCGAGGCUCCCGAGUACUACACCACCGAGGCUCCCGAGUACUACACCACCGAGGCUCCCGAGUACUACACCACCGAGGCUCCCGAGUACUACACCACCGAGGCUUGAGUACUACACCACCGAGGCUCCCGAGUACUACACCACCGAGGCUCCCGAGUACUACACCACCGAGGCUCCCGAGUACUACACCACCGAGGCUCCCGAGUACUACACCACCGAGGCUCCCGAGUACUACACCACCGAGGCUUGAGUACUACACCACCGAGGCUCCCGAGUACUACACCACCGAGGCUCCCGAGUACUACACCACCGAGGCUCCCGAGUACUACACCACCGAGGAUAUUUGGUUUAUGGGCUGCAUUUUGUGCAACAUGACCGAGUCCAGCACAUUCAGUAUCAAUCACAUGCCUUUCUCGUUUAAGGAAGUGAGGCAUGGUCUGUUUCGCAUUCGCUGGAACUUUGAAAACAGAAAUCACCAGGAAGGCGCAAAGGAGGUGAUCAGAAUGCACAAGACUUCCCAAGGACGAGAUUUCAUCUUCACUUACCACCUCGAAAUUGUGCUGGACAAAUUGAGAGACAAGCCUUAUCUUAUUACCAUCACUGUCGAGGUAAGCAGCAGCAGCAAAGAAUUCAGUGACUGUGAGACGACCGUAACCAACUCAACCACUCGUCCACAACAGCAUCAGCAACCGUUGACUGAAACAACAGUCUGUCCUGGCGGUUGGAUCUGCCGAAAGCUGCCGAAAUCCGGGCUUCCGGUUGCCGUUUGGAUCCACAUCGAGGAAAAUUACAAAGACGAAACACACUUGUGCAAAACGGAAGAGACUGACAAGUGGAUCAAGAAAUUGCGGUUCAGCCGAUCGCCGGAAGACAUCACUCUGUGGGUGGAUUUCGGAGCGGCGAGCGAAAAUAAAAUGAUCAGCACCAUGGGGAAACUGGCCGACAUGUUCCGAAAUCAAACCCUGUGCGACGUCCAGUUCAACUUCAUUGGCGGCCAAUCUGUGGGCGCUCACGUUGCGAUUCUGUCGGCCGGCAGCCCAGUUUUCGCCGCCAUGUUCCAGUCAACUUUCAUGGAGUCCCUCACGCGGCAAGUGAUGAUCACCGACAUUGAAGUCGACGUUUUCAAACAGCUGCUCGUUUACAUGUACACCGGGAGCAAACCCAAAUUGGAAGAAGAGAACGUCGCGCUGCUUUUCGUCGCUGCGGACAAAUACGGAAUCGAGACCCUCAAGGAAGUGUGCGCCGACGACUUGCUGGAGCAGCUGGAAACCGAAAACGUCAUCAAAAUGCUGGUCUGGUCUCAUUUCCAUUCGAUUGCCAAAGUAUUUGAAGGUGCCAUGAAGAUUUUGGUGGACAAUUGCUGCGAGCUCUGCUUCCAGCCGGAAUGGUUGGAUUUUACAAAGAACUAUCCUGAUUUGUCCGUGAUGGCGACACAGCGCAUCGCCUUGGCCACUCAGCAUCCGAAGUGGGGGGAAAUGGGGGCGAAAUGGGAAAGACUCAUUGAAACAGAAAAUUUACCUUGGUCGUCUUAGUCAUUAUUCACUUUCAAUUGAUUUAAUAGAUUAAAUGUUGCGAAAACUAAAAUUUGUCGUAUUCCAAAUUUUCCAUGUGGCUAAUUAUUUAAAAAACAAAUUUCUUGUGAUGAAAAUGUCUUGCUCAAAUAAAAUAGAACAUUAGUUCCCA